AUGCUGCGGCCAGGGCUGCGCUCAUUGUGCGGCGUCCGUCCUGCCCUUCGCCAGUUCUCAACUCGAAGGGCGCUGCUUCCCUCUUUUCAUGCGAUACGUCGCCAUGGUUGCUUGUCUCACAGACAGCUCCAGCAACACUAUUCUGGCGGUGGCAGCUGCAGUUCUUUGUUCGUUUCAAGGCGAUUUGUCCUGGUUGAAACAAAUGAAACGCCGAACCCGGACUGUCUCCGUUUCUACUCCAUGGAGCUUUCUUUCCUAAAACCUGGCAUGUCGAUGGACUUUCCAAACGCUGGACACGCGUACAAGUCGCCUCUGGUGGAAAUACUUUUCGGCAUUGAGGGUGUAGAGGGGGUGUAUCUUGCAGACGAGUACGUCACGGUACGUAAGGGUUCCCUCGCUGAGUGGGACGAGAUUGAGCCACUUGUGAAGGAGAGCAUCUUGGAGUUCGCUGAGAGCAAGAUGAACAUACUCUCUGAGGAAGGUGAGGAGCUUGUCGAGGGACAAAACAACGACACAGAGCCGGAGGAUGACGAUGACGAGGUGGUGCUCGCUGUGAAGGAGUUGCUUGCCACACGCAUACGCCCUAUGCUUCGGGCUGACGGCGGCAACGUUCGGUAUCUUGACAUGGAUGAUGGAACCGUUUUUGUGAUGUUGGAGGGGGCGUGCAAGUCGUGCCCGUCGUCCGGUGUGACGCUCAAAAACGGGAUUGAGCGGAUGCUGAUGCACUGGAUCCCGGAGGUUGUGGAGGUGCAGGAAUGCACAGAGGAGACGGCACAGGACAUUCUUGACGAGAAGACGCUGCGGAGGAUGAAAAAAGAAGGUGCCACCAUCGCGGCCAAGUGA